CUGCCUUUAGACCAGCGGAGGGCAGAGAGGGACACCAGCAGUCUCCACGAGCCCGUUUCAGGUUCCAUUACCGAGUGAGGAGGGGAAAAAAAAUCCCAAUUUUUUCCAGCUGAGUCACGACUCAGUAAGAUCCGCACUGCGACGCUGUUUUUCCUUAAACGCGAACAUCGCAGGAGAACUUCACGCCAGAUCCCGAACCAGGGCGGAUGCAGCGUUUCAGCGCUAAAUUGUUUCACUGCAUUGCACGCUAUCUGAAAUCUAAAGCAACUAUUUAAAAAUCGCGCAAGUAUGUCAGAAAAAGAUACAGGGCCGAGUUCUUCAUCAAAGGAGCAGCCAAGCGAGAACCAGAACCCAGUCCCUGCAGCCAGGGGUAUCGAUGCCGUUGGCAUUCUGUGGACUUUUGGGAAAUGUCUCACCGCGCUGCUGCCCGUUUACCUGGCUGGAUAUUACCGAGUGAGCAGCAGCCUGGUGGUGUUCGGACUCGCGCUUUACUCGGGAUGGAAACACACUCGGGCAGUCAAAGAGGCGAGGUUGAGGUCCGCCAUACAGCUACUGAACGAAGAGCAUGAAUCAUCCAGUAGCGUGUUCAGAAGCCAGAAAGACUUACCAGCUUGGGUCAAUUUCCCAGAUGUUGAGAAGGUUGAAUGGCUUAAUAAGGUCAUCCAGCAAGCAUGGCCAUUUAUUGGUCAGUACCUGGAGAAGUUGCUAACUGAGAGCAUUGCACCAUCCAUCCGAGCAUCCAGUGUACAUCUGCAGACCCUCAGCUUCACGAAGAUUGACUUUGGUGACAAGGCUAUGAAAGUUGUAGGAGUGAAGGCUCAUACAGAGAACGAAAAAGGACAAGUGCUACUGGAUGUCUACAUCAGCUAUGUGGGGAAUGCAGAGAUAAAUGUGGAGGUGAAGAGGUAUUUCUGUAAAGCUGGAGUGAAAGGGAUACAGCUGAGCGGUAUGAUGAGAGUGAUUUUGGAGCCUUUGAUCGGCAAUGUGCCCAUUGUCGGAGCGAUCACUAUGUUCUUUAUCCGUAGGCCCAAGUUGGACAUCAACUGGACUGGUCUAACCAACCUAUUGGACAUUCCAGGACUCAAUUUGAAGACAGACACUAUGAUAAUGGAUGCUAUUGCCUCCUUUCUGGUGCUUCCUAACCGCCUCACCAUUCCAUUAGUGCCAGAUCUACCAGUGGCACAGCUUCGUUCCCCUUUGCCCAGGGGUGUGGUUCGCAUUCACCUACUGGAAGCUGAAAGUCUGGCUGCUAAAGAUAACUAUGUGAAGGGUGUGAUGUCAGGCAUGUCUGACCCUUAUGCUUUGAUCAGAGUCGGCCCACAGACCUUCAGGUCCCAACACAAAGACAACACAGACAGUCCAAAAUGGGGUGAGAUAUAUGAGGUAAUUGUUCAUGAAGUACCUGGCCAAGAGUUGGAGGUAGAAGUGUAUGACAAAGAUCCAGAUCAGGAUGAUUUUCUGGGCAGAACCAAGUUGGAUUUGGGAAUAGUGAAGAAGGCUAAAGUUGUUGAUGAGUGGUACACUUUGAAGGAUACUCCCACAGGACGUGUUCACCUUAGAAUGGAAUGGUUGACAUUGAAGGACACCACUAAUACCUUGGAGGAGGUGAUGAAAAGAAAUGAAACCGUUCUGAGUAGUACAGCAGAUCCCCCCUCAUCAGCCAUCUUGACAGUGUAUUUGGACAAGGCAGAAGCACUUCCUAUGAAAAAAGGCAAUAAAGAUCCCAAUCCAAUGGUGCAGCUUUCUGUGCAGGACAUAACUCGAGAAAGCAAAACCUGCUGGAACACAAUUAAUCCUGUGUGGGAAGAUGCCUUUACAUUCUUCAUCCAAGAUCCACACAAACAGGACAUUGAUAUCCAGGUGAAAGAUAAUGACCGUGUACAGCCCCUGGGCAGUCUGUCUCUCCCUCUCUCUCGCCUUCUUUCGAGUCCUCAGCUCAGCCUUGAUCAGUGGUUUCAACUGAAUAAUUCUGGCCCAGCCAGCCGUAUUCGCAUCAACUCUAUACUCAGGGUGCUCUGGAUUGAUGAAAGUGCUGUAUCCGCCUCUCUUCUCUCAAGUGAUCCAGUUUCUUCAAGACCUCAGCAUACCUCCACUGAUGACAGUUUUGCCACUGAGGGGGUGCUGCGUAUUCACCUGCUGGAAGGACAGAAUUUGGUACCCAAGGACAACUUGAUGGGAGGCAUGGUGAAGGGGAAGAGUGAUCCCUAUGUUAUCAUCAAUAUUGGGGGAAGCACCUUUAAAAGUCGUGUGAUUAAGGAAAAUCUCAACCCCACCUGGAACGAGAUGUUUGAGGUAGUUUUGACCGAUCUCCCUGGUCAAGACAUGACAUUAGAGAUAUUUGACAAAGACAUGGACAUGAAAGAUGACUUCAUGGGCAGAUUAAACAUCCAGUUAAGGGACAUUAUUAAAUCGAAACAUAUGGAUGAGUGGUUUACUCUAAGUGACGUGAAACAUGGCCGUGUUCAUCUGGCUCUGGAGUGGCUGAACAGAGUUACAAAUGUGGAUAAACUGGAACAGGUGUUGCCUUUUCAGUCUAAGAGCUCGUACAUGAACAAGGCAGUACCUGCUGUGGCCCUGUUGUUUGUAUAUCUAGAGGCUGCCCAUGAUGUCCCUUUAAAGAAGAGUGGCAAAGAGCCUAAGGUUGGUGCUGAAAUUGUUCUUGGAGGGACCUCACACAAAACAACGGUGUGUGAUCGGACCAGCUCACCCCAGUGGAAUGAGGCCUUUCAUUUUCUGGUUUAUGACCCCAAGAAGGAGGAACUUAUUGUGAAGUUGUCACACUGCUGGGAGUUCCCACUAGGCUCUGUGGUGAUUCCUAUAAGAGAUCUUCUCUCCCAACCAAAUCUGCUGCUGGACCAAUGGCUUGAUUUGGAUGGAGCUUUACCUCAGAGUCAGAUCCUACUGAGAGCACAGCUUAAGAUCCUGUGCCCGAAAGUGACAGAGGGCUCCACAGAGACCAUAGAGACUUCUGAACUGAAGACCUUUGCCGAAGAGAGAAAACCGGAGAAAGAGCUAGUUCAAAAGUCAAGUGAGAUAUUGGAACCAAUCACUAUAACCUCUUCUGUAACUGCUUCUGAUGAGAAUGUGGAGGAUAAAGAGAUUGAGAAAGAGGAGGAGAUUGAAACACCUCCCGAGUACAUUGCCUCAACUGAUGUUCGACCUCCACAUACUAGUCCACAUCCCAGCUUUGGCACUGAGGGUGUACUGCGUAUCCACCUGCUGGAAGCUCAGAAUUUGAUUGCGAAAGACAACCUAAUGGGGGGCAUGGUGAAAGGGAAAAGCGAUCCCUAUGUUAAGAUCAACAUUGGAAACAACAUAUUUAAAAGUCAUGUCAUUAAGGAGAAUCUCGAUCCCACCUGGAAUGAGAUGUAUGAGUUGGUUUUGGCCCCUGAGUCAGCUUCAGAAGUCUUCAUAGAGAUGUUUGAUAAGGACAUUGAUAAAGAUGAUUUUCUAGGAAGGGUCCACAUCAGCUUGCCUGAAAUUAUUCAGUCUCAAUACACUGACCAGUGGUUUACUCUGGAUGAUGUGAAACAUGGAAGACUCCAUCUAAUUUUGGAGUGGCUUUCCACAGUAACAGAGCCAGAUAAACUACAACAGGCAUUGCAGUUACAGUCCAUCUCCUAUGAGAAUAAAGCCUCACCCUCUGCGGCCUUGCUUUUUGUUCUUGUUGAGAAAGCUCAUGCACUGCCAAUGGUGAAGGGUGGGAAGGAGCCUAAAGCUGGAGCAGAGCUUGUAGUCAGUGGAACCUCUUAUAAAACCAAGUUGUGUGAUCGCUCUACAUCUCCUCACUGGGAUGAGGUUUUCCACUUCCUGAUUCAUGAUCCUAGAGAAGACAUUCUUAUUAUUAAGCUCUCCAGUGGGUGGGAUCAGCCACUGGGUUCCCUUGUUCUUCCAAUUAAAGAACUUCUGUCACAAGAAGAGCUGGUGCUAGACCUGUGGAAAAAUCUAGAUGGUGCAUCGCCUGAAAGUCAGAUCCUACUUAGAGCACAACUCAAGAUUUUGGCAUCAAAGAUAGACAGAAAAGUACUUACUGAAAAACCUCCUGUAAAGUCUAUUGAAAAGACUGUUGAAUAUCCAGCUAAAAAAACCAAUGGAAAAACUCCUGAAAAGUCUGAUGACCCUGCAGAAAAGUCUAUGGGUGCAAACAGUUCUACGGGUGGGCAAAGUGGAGGAAAAGCACCAAUCAGUGCUGAGCAGUUGUUGCCAACAGCCACUAAAGACUUCAAACAGGAAACCAAGCCAAAACCAAGGCUUAAUGAACUAGUGGCUUCUACAGUACCAGUCGCCGUAUCACUUUCUGAAGACACACAGAAAGUACCAGCAACAGAUAUCACUCAUGACACAGGACAUGAGGCAAAGGAAUCCUCUGUGGGUGGAGCCAGUAAGGUUGUGAAACCAAUCACAGUAAAGGAAUCAGCACCUGCAGCCAAUAAUGAGCAACACUUGGAUAAGACAGCUGAUAAUUCUCAUGAAAAGGCUCAUCCAGUUCCUGCUGCUGAAACAAUUACAGAAGUAACACAUGUGUUACCCAAGCACACAAGUUCUUACCCUGGCUUUGGCACCCAGGGGGUGCUUCGUAUUCACCUGUUGGAAGCUCAGAACUUGGUUGCUAUGGACAGUUUGAUGGGUGGUAUGGUGAAGGGAAAGAGUGACCCGUAUGUGAAGAUCACUGUUGGGACCACCACCUUUAAAAGUCAUGUGAUCAAAGAGAACCUCAACCCCACCUGGAAUGAGAUGUAUGAGAUGAUUUUGACUCCUGACCCCAGUCUAGAAGUGAAGUUUGAACUGUACGACAAAGACAUUGACUCUGAUGACUUCCUUGGAAGGUUCAAAAUUAAGCUUGGAGAUAUUAUUAAAUCCCAUUACAAUGAUGAGUGGUUUUCUCUAAAUGAUGUGAAACACGGCCGUCUUCAUCUGGUUCUUGAAUGGCUGCCCACAGUAACACAACCAGACAAACUACAACAGGUGUUGCAGAUGCAAAGUUCCCAGUCAAGCCAGAAUAAAGCUGUCCCUUCAGCUGCCCUGCUGUUUGUCCUUGUUGAGCGAGCACAUGCACUGCCUUUGAAGAAGAGUGGAAAGGAACCUAAAGCUGGAGCUGAGCUUGUGCUUGAGGGAACUUCUUACAAAACAAAGGUGUGUGAGCGUUCAACAUCUCCUCAGUGGAAUGAAGCAUUUCAAUUUCUGGUUCAAGACCCCAACAAAGACAUGCUUGUUAUAAAACUCUCUAGUGCAUGGGAUCAGCCGCUGGGUUCCCUGGUUCUACCAGUCAAGGAGCUUCUCUCUCAGCCAGAGCUGAUGCUGGACAAGUGGCUGAGCAUCGAUGGAGCUUUAGCUGAGAGUCAGAUCCUACUGAGGGCAGAACUCAAGAUCCUGAACUCUAAGAUGGCAGCACUUUUGGCACUUGGUGCUGGUCCUGUAUUAAGCAAUAAGCAGGUGGCCACCACUGGACAGAUCAGAAUUUCUCUGUCCUAUCAGAAGAAACUUGCUGUGAUUAUUCAUUGUUGCAGAGGUUUGGUGACAUCAUCGAAAGAAGGUAUAGACACUUACGUCUCUCUGAUUCUGCUGCCUGAUAAAAGCAAAGCCACGAAGAGAAAGACUGCUGUGAAGAAAAAAGAUCUGAACCCUGAGUUUAAUGAGAGGUUUGAGUUUGAUGUGAGUGUGGAGGAUGCUCGGCAACGAGUGCUCAGUGUGUGUGUAAAGCACAGCUCAUCCUUCAUGAGUCGAGAAAAAGACAUCAUUGGGCAGGCAGAAAUUGAUCUGGCGCAAAUUGACUUUCUCUCAAGUGUUACAGAAUGGUUUGACUUAAAAGAUCACAACUAGCUGGAGUGUCUGAAUCUUGAGGUCUUUCCUCGAAGUGACCAUAACCAUUCAUCAGUUCAACUAUCCACACAGAUGCCUUGCUGUAUAUUUUUUUUCGUUUCCCUCUCUUUUUUACUCUAGCUGAUAUCUUUAGUGCACUAGGCGUGCUGAAAUUGAAUGAUGGAAUCAAUAUUACUUAUAGACAGAGUUUUGUUAAAGUUUUUCUAAGUUUAUUGACAAGACAUAAGUGAGCUUCCAGGAAAUGUAAUAUAUCUACAUCUAUAUUUUACUUUAUUAUUAUUAUUUUUACAAUUGCCAAUAUCUACUUAUGCAAUUGCCCAGGGAUGAAAAUUUAAAAAAUAAUUAUGUUUUAUUAUGCAAUGAUGAUAUUUGUUAUGGCAUCAGACAUUGGAAUUGCCUUUGUUCUAGUCUGUUUCUUGGCCAGAUACUUUCAGAUAUCACUGUGUUUUUACAAUUCUAAUGAUUGUAUCGGCUAUUGUUAUUAGCAUAGACCAAAGUUUAAGUUUUAAAAAGAGAUCACACAAUAAUGUGUUAAAAAAUAGUUAAUAUACAAUUACAUUGGCUACUGGUUACAUAAUGGGCAAAUUAAAUCACAACAUGGUGCCUAUGGAAUAAAGGGGAAUGAAAAUUAGGUUAACUAAAAUCCAUUUCCAAUAUAAAGCUUACACUGAGCAUUUUUUAUGUACCUUUGCUUGCAUCUUUCACUUUGAUCAACAAACCUCUUCUGUAUAUCCAAAUUUAUUGAGGUUGCUGCUAAGGUGUGGUACCUUUACUGCCACUGGAUUUUUGCAAGCUUAUUCGCCAAAAUUAAAUAAUGAAUUUGUUAACAGUCACCCAUGCAAACUGCUGCACAUAGAUUAGAAGAUAUAGUACUACACAAUAGGCCUAAAAAGCUGCUUCAAUGGCCUUCAUCAUAAUAAUAUGACAGCUUAAUCCUGACCAAUACCAGGGCUGCAUUCCAAUACACUUAUUGUUUCUAUACAUUGUUUGAUAACCACUAUUUGACUUCCUCCUUCCUACUUCAGUAUUUUACUAGCCAAUUGAAAUUCCUUCUGAAUUGGGUGGAUCUUAUAUGUGUAUUAAAGCUCUAAUUGUUAUAUUUUUUUGUUUUGAUCAACUACUCCACGUCUACAUGGCAAACAGUGUUAUUUCAUUAUUUCAACAAGAACAGUGUGGCACAAUCUAUUUAGCUAGUUUGCAAAUUUAUACUAAAACAUAAUUCAAUAACUUGAUUUAGAAAUUGCCAAGGAAAUUUCUGUUUAUUGCCAAGGGAAUGGGGGGUUCAGAUGUGUCCACUGUACUCCUUGUGCUGCCUAUGCCAACUUCCUGCAAUAUAAACUCACCAUCCACUUUAAUAGGGAACUCUCACACCUGUUCAUUUUCAACUUGCAGUUAUCCCAUCAGCCAGUUAUGUGGCAGCAGCACAGUGCAUAAAAUCAUGCAGAUACAGGUCACAAGCUUCAGUUAAUGGUGUCAUUAAACAUUAGAAUGGGGAAAAAACCUGUAAUUUCAAAACAAAAAACAGUAAGUGAUUAGAAGUGAUUAGAAAACCUUUUUGAUUAGAAAGAUCAGAGUAAAUUGAGCAGAUUUGUCUAAGAUGACAAAGUCUAUAAGUCUGUAAAUCUCCGUAUAAACAAAAUGGCAAACCCUGAGAUGCAUGGGCUAUAACAACAGAGGGCCAUAUGGGUUCCCUUACUCUCAGCCAGGAACUGCCAUCUGAGGCCAUCAUGAGCUCAGACUCACCCAAACUAGACAGUUAAAGAUUAGAAAAUAAAUCACCACAGUUAAAAUGGCCCUUUUCCAUUCUGAUGUUUGAUGGGGUCUUGAGCUGCAUCUGUAUGUUAUGUUCUGUGUUGCUGCUACUUGACUGGCUGAUUUCAUAACUGCAUUUAAAUAAAAUUAAAUAACUGAAAAUUAUAACCAGGUUUCUGAAAACCUGCACAGUUUGAAGACUGUGUUAUCUGACUGCAGAGGUAAGAUCAUUUGGGGGUUUAUGAAAAUCCAAAAAUCAAAGUAAAAUGAGCUUGGUGUGUUUAGGCCUAUAGUCAUAUUAGAAUGUAUGUUUAUGCUUGCACUCAACCUUGAAUGGCCUUACAUUUAUGUGCUAUGAACAUAUCACUUUUUGGCUUUUAUUAUUUUGCUGAUUAUGUGUUUAUAAAUUGGAUUGUAUGUUUGUUAAAAUUUUAACAUUAACAUUAAAAACAUUAACAUUUUAACAUUCAAUCUGUCAUUGGGACCCACCUGAAUUUGUGUUUUGUAUGUUUUAUUGUAUGUGAUUCUGUUGCAGAUGAUAAAAUUGUUCAAUUUCAGACAAGUGGAUAAAAUCUAUGACCUUCAUGUUUUUCCAACAUUAUUGCUUUUUAGCAAUAGGUCAGGGGCUUAUUCAUCAAGAAUCUUAAGAGUGGCUCCUAACUAGAUGAUCUGGACUACACCCAAGUCAAACAUUAAAAAGGAAUUUGCAGGAAUAUGCAAAAUCAUAUUGCAUAUAAUAAUCGAUCCAAUUCCUUUUUAAGGAAUUGGACCAAUUAUUAUAUAUUAGUAUUACAUCAUAGACAUCUUUGGAAAUACAAGUUUACACAAUGUCCUCUGCUAUUAACAAUGCAGUCAUUGCUACAGAAGACCAUCAAUUUGUACAGUGAUUGUUUCAUGUAGAGGAAAACCUAUAAAUGAAAAGUCACAAUUAAUUGCAAAAAAAUAUAUAAUUAUAUGAAACUGAAAAUCUCAACUUUGUUCUACACUGAAACAUAUAAGUUCAAUUUCUUACAAGAAAUUUACUUUGUUUGAGAUCCUGAGAAACGAUAAAGACAAAAAUAUUCCUCUCAGCAGUUUUGUAAAACAUUUUUAAGGAAAAACUCUUGGGAGACCUCUCAGUGAUAAGAUUCUUUGUGAAUAUGGCAUUUAUUGGAAGGUAUAUAUUUUGUUUGCCUACUCUUUUUUUUUUUAAUUCUAUGAUGCAAAACCUGCUUGAAUGUAACUGCUGCAUAGAUGAACAUGAAGCAAAACACCAAAGAAUGAAGCAAACAAUAACUAAUAGACUGCAUUUUUCACAGCUAUGCAUUGUUCACUAUUCACUCUGUGCUGGCAAACAUUUGAGCUUGAAUAUUACCACAUUAAAAUGCCAAUAAAGAACACAUUUAUUCACCAGA